GAACAUGCUUUUUGUGGAUUUGCCGACCUUGUGUGCGCCAUCUAUAAAAGUUCAUAGGUAAACAAAUCAGACAAAUUCUCUAUCUAUACGUUCACUUAUUUGUGAAGUAAGGGUGAGAUUCUGGGGAAAAUGUAUGUGAAAAAUCAUGGAAAAACCUCCAGCCCAGUGCAGUAACUGCGUUGCCAUCGCGGCCAAGUACUGGUAAACUGCCAUGGAUCCACGAAAAGCGGAGCAGUUGUCUGCGAGGCGAGUGUCAGUGAACUAAUUCCGUGUAGCCAGCGGGGCAAUUAGGCUAGGUCUGUGAAUCCUAUAAAAAUUCAAUAUGGCAUCCAAUAUGAGUGAUCAUAGCAAUCAAAGAAUGGAUAAAUCACGCACUACUAACAAUGUGAUAAACCUCACCACCAGUGAAACGUUGAGGCUCGAUGGAGACCGGACAAACUUGCACCUGCAGGCCGAGGGUGGUGGUGUCACUCCAGGGUUCCAAAAGAAGAAAAACUCAUCUUUUCAAAUUACCAGUAUCACUUCCCGGUUAAGUAAUGAUGGUGGUGAAGAUAGUGCUGAUGAUACGGAAGACAUUUCUGACAUCAUGGAUAGCUCUAAGGGUCCUGACUUCGACCAGGAGACGCCCAGCUUCUCAGAAGAUUACUCAAAGUCGGAGGAAGUGUUCUUCGGGCCAGCACCAGUGAUUCCUACGAGCUCCCAGUACGGCAUUACUGCGUUGGUACAGCAGACGGGUUCUGGCGGUGUAAUGACGGCCAGGUUACCUCAGGGAGUCACUGUCAACGUCACGGAAGGUGGCAUUGCUUUAGCAAAGGCUGAUGGUGAAUCGGAUGAUGUCGACCAUUGGCAAAAUAGGUUUAAAAUUGUUAAAAUAGAUUCUAAUGAACCUUUUAAACGUGGAAGAUGGAUCUGUUUGGAUUUCAUGGACUCUCCUGCAGUAAGUGCAGCUAAUAGUCAAAAGAAAGAUGAUUCUAAUGUGGUUGUUAAUAGUGUUGGCCAGAAGGAGCCAGAUGUUGGGGAUAAUCAGCCACAAACGGUUGUACAGUUAACUGUACCACUGCAGCAACAAACCCACGCAGGACAAGCUCAGUCUCACUCUGUGCCUGCUCAGUAUCAGGUACCUCAUUCUUCCCAGGCAUCCACGCCUAUGGUACCAUCACAACCAGCUCAGAGCAGCGGGGUUCCCAUGCAGUCUACACAACAUAUCUCUGGUUCAGCCGCCCCUCAGGGCCAAAGUACUUUGCAAUAUACACCGCAAGGUGCCCAAAUGCAAGGACAGUUGCAGCCGCCCAUGUCCCAGGGUUACCAGACUACAAGCCAGACUCCUCAGGGGUCAGUUCAUCCCUCUCCUUCUGCUCAGACGCCCCCACAAGCCCAGACCACAUUGCAACAGCCCCAGAUGCAACAGUCAAGCCUCCCACCACAAACCUUACAGCAGUCAGCAGCAUCCCAGCCAAAUGUACAGCCUACCAUGCAAGCUCCCAAGACAUCGCUUCAGCCUGGAGCUGUAUCUCAGGCAACUAUGCAGCAGGGCAUGGUGCCUGGGAGCUCUCACGCUCAGCAACCACAGCACCAGCCUGGGCAACCACAGUCCAGUAUGCCACAACCCUCCAUGAACACUCAGAGUAUUCCACAGCAAGGGAUUCCAGGCCAGAAUGUCACCAUUCCACAAAGUGUUCCUCAGACAACUGUGAUGGGUCAGCCAGGUAUCCCAACACAAUCCCUUCAGCCAACUGUAAUCAGUAGCCUCCCAACACAGGGUGUCAGUAUGGGCCAGCCUGUUGUGACUCACCCUGGGGUUCCACCACAGCCUGUGAUGAGCCAGCCUCAACAGGGGGUGGCACAACAAACCCAUCCACCACAGAGUGUGCCUCCACAAACAUUAGGUCAGUCUCCAGUGGUCCAAAGUGGGCCAUCACCACAGCAAAUAAACCAGGGUCUGACUUCAAAAACGAUCCCCGGAGCGCAACAGAUGCAGGUGCCUAGUUCACAGCAGAUGCCUACAACGCAAAUGAGCAGUAAUAUAGGUCAAGCAGGAAUUAUUAAUCAAGCAACAAUGGGAACACCUCAGCAAAUAACAGCAGGCGCUCCUCAGCCAAGUGUCCAAACCUCACAGGCCCCACCAGUUAGCCAUGGCUCUCACCCAGGCACAGGUGCUGCACCCACACCUGCCACUACCCCAGCUCAACCCCAGUCUCAUCUUAGUAUGGGUGCUUCUGGUGUGCAACCAACAUCUGUGGACCAGCCAUCUCAGCAACAGCAGCCUCAGCCACCUACAAAUUUAGAUGGUAUACCUGCAGUCCAACCCACUGAUGAUGCCUCCAAUGCUACGCCUCCAGCCCCAGGACAACCAGACGACUCAGAAAGGUAAGAAAGAA